AUGUCGCCUAAGAAUAUGGAGACGGGGAAUUUUGCUGGUAUAAUGGAUCAAUUCCUUGAUGACUUGGCUACGCCGUCGCCUUCCUUCGACAUGGACUUCUCUAUAGACCAAGAGCCUGUACAAGCAUCAGGUCCCGGUCUGUUCAACGACACAUCUCCGCAACACGAUCGCCACAACCAUUAUCCUGACAUUGCAAGUAGGGAUGCAGCAAUAGCCCCACAGAGUAUCGAAAGCGCUACGAAUUCAAGACCCCCUAUUCAGAAGUGUUCCUGUAUCGAGUUAGUGAACCAGCAUUUCUCAGAGAUAGAAAGCUCCCUUGAGACAUUCCAAACGCUCAAGAUACUGAAAACGUCUCUGGUGUCAGCAAGGAAAAUUCUGGAGUGCACAGUCUGUUUCCAGUCCGUCAAGAGUCCACGCUCAUCACGGAACGUUUAUCUUUUAGGCUCUCUUUUAUCCAGCAUUGGCUCUUCUUAUGGUGACUUUUUCUAUAUGCAGAAGCAACGAGCUUCCGAUCCGUCAGUCUCUGGUACACCUAUCAGCCUUUUCAUCGGACAACAGGCUGAUGCGCAAGACAUGGUAGAGGUCUCUCUCGAGGGAUCGAGCUACAUUGCUUUUCUACAAGCAAGCCUCAAAAGGGAGUUGGCUUGUCUUGUGCAACUAGGCGACGAGUUAGCGGCGAGACAGAGUCAGUCUCACACCGAAGGUCAUGAGAAUUGCGAAACGGGGACAAGUUGUUCAAAUACUGAAACACCUCCAACAACCAAGCAUCCGACCGAGAUGUGCCCCAAGGAAGUUGAUAUGACAACUGCUUGCGCGUGCUUUCGGACGGUUGAUCAGGUCAGGGCUGCGGUAGCAGAGGCCCAAAGGAUAAUUACAGCGUGA